AUGUCCCGCCCAGAAGACACUCUGCCCCCAGAUCUCUUUUACAAUGACUCCGAAUCCCGCAAAUACACUACUUCCUCCCGAAUCCGCAACAUUCAAUCAGACAUGACCAACCGCGCCCUCGAACUCCUCGACCUCAAAUCUCCCUCUCUCAUCCUCGAUAUUGGCUGCGGCUCCGGUUUAUCAGGUGAAAUCCUCUCUGCCGUCUCACCUUCUGAGGGUGGACCCCACACCUGGGUUGGCCUGGACAUCUCCCCCUCCAUGCUAGACAUUGCUCUUCAGAGAGAUGUAGAGGGCGACCUCUUCCUGGCAGACAUCGGCCAAGGAAUCCCGUUUCGCGCGGGUACAUUUGACGCGGCCAUUAGUAUCAGUGCCAUUCAGUGGCUGUGCAAUGCAGAUUCUAGCGAUGUUAGUCCUGAGGGUCGAUUGCGCAGAUUCUUUGAUGGAUUAUACGCCAGUUUGCGUCGGGGGGCACGUGCGGUUUGCCAGUUUUACCCCAAAAAUGAUGCGCAGAGGAGUAUGAUUAGCGGCGCGGCUAUGAAGGCUGGAUUUGGUGCUGGUAUUCUUGAAGAUGACCCGGGGACGAAAAAUAGCAAGCUCUAUCUUGUGCUGACUGUUGGUGGGGGUGGUCUACAAGGCGACAUAACCGGUGUUGUGGAUGGUAUGGACGAUGUUGAUAUUCUAGAUGCGAGGAAGAAGGCCAUGGUUCAGUCUCACGGGAAGAGAGGCGUGAACCCAGCUCAUGUCAAGGGGACCAAGGCUUGGAUCAUGAGGAAGAAGGAGCAGAUGGAACGCAAGGGCAAAAUUGUCAAGCCGAGCUCGAAAUAUACUGGUCGCAAGAGACGUAUUGCAUUUGACCUCUUACUCUUGCCACGUUCUCGCUUGUUGCAAAGUGAAUCGGAACUUCGUCCAUCUGAGGAUGGCAAAAGGCUCUAA